AUGUGUGCAAAAUACGGUACGAAGUGUGUUUAUGGAACUGUCCCUUUUGCUAACAACCCCCCAUCAACUGACCGAUUGGUGCUUUUAAAACGAUUGCAACUCAAAACUCGUGAACUAGAGGCCCGUCUUGCUCAAGGGCCAAGUCCUUCGAACUCCAGUACACAAAAGUCACCAACAAACUCGGUGCUGUCGACGUCAACGACUUCAAGUGCGAUACCCUCCAAGCGGUUGAGUGUAGCAAGUCUCAUUCACGAUGAUUCUGUCUCGAAUGUGGCAGACGAAGAUGACCACGACAUGGUGAUUCUGCCUCAGGUGUACAACUGUAGUCGCAACGAUGCCGGUCCUAGGAACGGUCACUUUGGUCCCUGGACGUCCGACUCGAUUCUACGAGCAGAUCCAAUCUUGAGCAAAGUGUAUAUGAGCUUCAACAACACUCUGGGCAAAGACAAGUUGAUGAGCUCCCUUAAUUCCCAUGAGACUGGAGACUACCGAGGCUCAUUGAGUUUGGAACAGAAGUAUGACGAACUUGGGGAGUAUGAGAGUAUCCGUAUGAUGAAGGACCAAUCGGACAUUGCGAUCUUAUCGAAGAAAAACCUCUUCAACGAAAAAGCAAAGCUUUUCGGCCUACUGUUCUUUGAAGGGGAUAUCAGAGGCACCAGAAAGUUACUCACAAAGAUUAAGAUGGUUUUGCCCAAAAAGAAGGUGGUUUGGAUGUUGUUGGAUCGGUUCUUUUCCAAUUUGGUGCCUUUUUUCGGCAUAGUGGAUGAGUUCGAGUGCAUAUCCAACUUCGAAAGGAUAAUAGGACCUCGUAGCUUGAAGGAUGAACCGAUUCACACUCUUAACAUGCAACAAAAGUUAGACUUUGCUUACGUUGGUAUGCUUUUAGUGUUUCUACGGUUGACUUACCUUUCGUUGUUUUCGAACAUAAGAGCUGUUAAUGAACAAAAUAUUUACAGUGCUAGCACCUCCCAAGCGGCUCAAGAUUUGAAGUAUUUGAUGACUAAUCCAGUAAAUUGGGAAGUCUCUAACGUGGCCCAAAUGUGUUUGAACUUGUUCAAUCUUGUCAAUUCUUCUAACUUGGUAGUUUUACAAUUGGCAACCUUAAUCAGAUACUACCAAAUAUAUGGGCCUGAGUACGGAGAUGAACCGAACUCUAGUGAACCUCAGGUAUUUUCGGCAUUAUUGAUGCAAAUGGCUUACUCAUUGGGACUUCAUCGAGAACCCGAUAAAUUCCCAGAUGGCAAUAAGAACGAAAGAAUGAACCAUGUGGGUCGUAAACUCUGGCACUUGUUGUAUAUCUUGGAUGUUUCGAGUGCAUUGGUGACAGGUUACUCGAGUACUGGUUCCAACUUUUCAGUUGACGUGAAAUUCCCGUAUCUUAAUGAUAGAAACGCCAAUUUUAAGGACUUGAAGGUUGAAAGAGUGAUCUUGAAUCUGAUGGAUGGGGUCACCUCUUACAAGCAGCCACUACAAAAGGUGUUUUCUGCUGUUUCCAAUGUUAACGAGAAGUUCUCUAUGCGAGAUAUCAGCAACACCCUAGGUGAAUGUAUGAACCUUUUAACUGAGUCUCGAACCCAGCAUGCACGGGCAGCAUUUUUUCCAGAUCGAGAGAGCUGGGAAAUUUCUACCUACUACUUCAAAACAUUCAAGAUCAAGUAUCUUUGUCAAAUGGGAGGUGCAAAUAUGGCCUUAAACUUCCAUUUUUCAAACUACUGCUAUAGUAUUGGAAAAGACGAGGUUGCCUUAGAAUAUCUCCACAAGUCACUCAAAGUAUUCUAUGAACAAUUCCACACAGUGAUGGAAACAUCGGUCAUCAACGAUAAGCCGAUAUUUGAAAACGUCAAUGAGUUGAUAACCACUCCAAGCAUCCACUCGUUCAUAUACUUGGCUUCUGUGAUCAAUUUAUCACUUUUGACCAAAGUUGAAAUGCUUCUUGAUCAGCCGCAAGAGCUUUCCGACCUUCGACCCAACUUGUUUGUGUUAAAAAGUCUUUUGUCCAGGGCUCUAGAUGUAUUGUUGAACUUCUUACUGGUAUUGGGAAACAGAUACUAUACACCCUGGAAGAACAGUAAGGUUUUAUCGUUACUUUUGACUGAAGUUCGCAAACCCACCUUUUGCUCCACUUUUGGCACCGCAGUGCCUCCCAACGGGUAUGGUUUGACCAACGAAAAUACCACUCGACUCAUCACCAUGAUCAGCAAGUCAAUGUCUAACCGGUCAUCCUUGAUGGCCAGUGAAUUUAUGAAUGUCAUGCCUGAAAACACCGAUGCUUUGUGGCUAUUGAUCAUAGCACUAAGCAAAAACGAAUCUGAGCACCAGCAACAUAGUCCCCUUGACUGUUCAAUUGCGGAGCUGGCCUUGGAUAUCGGUGAGGAUACGGUGUUUGACUCAUGUCUUGAUGCCGGUUCUUCAGGUUUCUAUAUUGACGAGAUAUUCAAGGACUUCUUCCCAAGUAGCAUAUAGGUUUUGCUGCUAUAUAUAGGAAAUCGAAGCACCACCAGUUUAUGUAUGCCCAUUCGAAUAUAUUAUAAGAUCGCCAAAGGGAACAGUAGAAUAUCUUGGUCCCUAUCUUCAAUAUAGUGGACCGAGACCUCAUCAACCUGGCAUGCUUGGUUACCCCAUA